AUGCAGAUGGACGUGAGCUGCUACCAAAGAAGACCAAAAGAACCAAAGCUUCUGUUUCCCAUGAUCAUUGAGAUUCUGAGCUGGCUACCGGUGGAGUCAUUGCUCAGAUUCAAAUCUGUCAACAAAAACUGGUCUUCGUCGAUGGAAGAAUACAGCUUCAUUUCAAAGCAUAUGAAUCGGACAAGACCUGUACGACUAAAAUAUCGAUUGACAAAGCAACCUGGCUACAUAGCCCUUGGUUCCGAGGAAAAUUACGAGUGCAUGUUCAUUGUUGCUGGCUUGGUUCUAGAGAAGCAUUCUUCCAGCCAAGUUUGCCGCAUCAGAAAUCCAGCCACCCACCAAGUGCUUUACUUGCCUGAUGCCCAUGUUGGUGUCAACCUAAUGGUAUCCACUUUUAAUUCAUCGAUUGGUGAGGUCAAAUUGGUAGCUUCCUACCGUGAAAACAAUGAGGUAGGGUUUGAAGUUUUGACAGUUGGCAAAGAUGAGAAUUGGAGACCUUUGAAAUACCCUAAUCAGGGUUUGUCAAAUAAACAGGCCAAAAGAAGACAGUUUCUUCUAGCUGAUAAGGCUGAUGCUAGGGUUUGCUAUUGUGCUGAAACCCUAACUGAUGGACAAGACAUGUACUUAGAAGUUCACUGUCUUGAUCUCUGGAGUGAGACAUUCAUGACAGCCACUCUGCCCGGGGGAGUUUUUUCUGAUUUGAGCAAAGCUCGGAUUAUCAGUUGGAACCAAAGUAUAGCUGUGGUUGAUAUAAUUGAUGAAGCUCUUCAUGCCUUGGUGUUAGAAGACUUCAAGGAGCAAAAAUGGAGCCGAUACAAGAACAUUGUUCCAGUGAAGUUUUUGAAGAAAACCCGAUUUCCGGAAGGUGGAUCUAUUGUUCCUUCCAGUGUUGAUUCUGAUGAGCUCAGGUUUGUUUAUAAUAAUGGGGAGAUAGUUCUUGUGUACGAUAUGAAAAUGCACAAAGUUAAGAGUUUCAUACGUCGAAGGUUUGAUGGGGAAGGUUGGGGAAAUCAUAGGCCAAGCUUGAUGAGUUUCGAGGGAAUGAGGCCAGAAGAGGAGGGUGCAAGUACAAGCUCCAAUGCUAUUUUAAUUCAGACUGUUAUUUAUUCUCUUGCUGAAGUCUUUGAUAUGAAAGAUAUUGGUAAACUCACUUACUUUCUUGGCCUCCAAGUACAAUACCAAGACAAUGGGGCCCUGUUUGUGCAUCAAUCUACAUAUGCUCAAGAUCUGAUCAAGAGAGCUGGGAUGGACACUUGCAAACCUUGUUCUACACCAUAUAUUGCCUAUGCUGUCAACACUGUGUGCCAAUUCAUGACUCAACCUACUGAUCUUCAUAUGUGUCAUGUUAAACGCAUCCUUACCUAUUCCCAGGGUUCAAUGGUUGUUAUAGGUUUUUGUGAAGCAGAUUGGGCCGGUGAUCCUAACACUCGAAGAUCUACCACAGGUUAUGUUGUCUUUCUUGGGCACAAUCCUAUAUCAUGGUCUUCCAAGAAACAGGCCUCAGUUUCUCGUAGUUCUACUGAAGCAGAAUACAAAGCCUGA